GUUAAAUACAAAAUGUCUGAUUUGGAAAGAAAAAAAAAACAAUGAAUUAUUCGCAAUUGAGUGAAAGUAUUUUGGAAUAAUAUUUAAAUUUAUUUUUCAGUAAAGUGGGUUUUUUUAAUGUGAUAAAAUGAAAUUUACGUCAAAUAAAUUUGUUUAUUUUGUACUCGUGUCAUGUUUUGUUGUUAUUACGCAUGCUCAAUCACCGGCAAAUGACAACAAAUCAGAAACAAGCAAUGGCGACAAUAAAAUAACCGGGAAAUUUAAUUCUUCAUUGAGCAUUAAUCACUUUAAAGAAAAUUUAUUUCGUCUUCGUAUAAAACAUAAAAAAGCUGUUGAUAAAUUGAGAACAAAUGGAAAUUCAUAUGAGUAUAAAUAUAAAACAAUUGAAAUAUUAUUUAAAACAAUGAUUGAAACAUUUAAAUCAAAUGAAAAUAUAAUAAACAAUGUUUUAAAAAUAAUAAAUAAUAAUGAAACAUUUUAUUUUACUAGUAUUGAAAUGAAACAGAAUGUUUCAAGUGUUCUGGAAAAUAUUUCACUUUUUAGUCAUAUUGCUCUUCAAUUACCUGACAUGACUCAUCGAAUAUUUCGUGCAAAAAAUACCUAUACAUGGAAAAAUAAAUUUCACGAAAUAUUAUUAUUUGCAAAUCAGACUAAAUUUCUAUUAGAUGAUAAAACAAUAGAUUUGAUUGAUCUUGCUUUUCAAGAAUUAAAUAUAACUCCAAGAUUACCAACUUAUCAUAAUCCCUAUUCAAGUGAAAAUAAAGUCAAUGAAAAAGAUGAUAAAAAAUUAAAUAAAAAAAAAGAUAAAAAGAAAAAAUCUGGUCCUCAAAUGGCUCGACAAGAAUUAUAA